AUGACUCCGGACGGCACACCCGGCCUCACUCCGGCUCGACGUAGGUCUGAGGACGAACUGGACUCCAGUCGCGCGCACAAGAAACCGCGGACACGAGUAAGCUAUUCGUGCGGCGAGUGUCAUCGGCGCAAACAAAAGUGCGAUAGACAAGUCCCAUGCUCGCAUUGCAUCGCUCGCAAGGUCCCGGAGCUUUGUAAAUCCUACACUCCUGGCAAAACCGACCAAGACAUACAUGUGCGCCUGGCUCGACUGGAGCACAUUGUCGAAACCGCCCUCCCCCACUAUUGGUCUCGCGGCGAUGAUACCCCCAAUUCGGAUGGCAGUGGUCACAAUGACAGGCGACGCUCUAUGUCUCCCGCUGACGACGGGAACCGCUCUCCGGCGGAGGACGAGGAUCCGAGCGGAGGCAUCUUCGAGAGCGGGAGAUGGUUUGGGAAGAGUGCUUCUGGUAUAGUAGCCGCACCAUCUGUGCUUGAGCAGCUGCAAAAUAUGGUCCCAAGCCAAGGACAAGACAACGAAGCCAGCAGUAGCUCGCACCAAACACACCCGGACAUAUUCAAGCCAGAUCGUCCGCCGAGCCUAGCGCCCAUAGAACAAACAGCCAUCGAGCGACUCCAGCGGCUCAUACAGGACUGCGGCUACAGCUCCGAACGUCUCCAGAACAUGUACAACGAGCUGCCCCCUCGCAAAUUACGCGAUGAUCUCGUGGACCACUACUUCACUACUAUAAAUUGGACCCGCUAUCCAAUCUCAGAGCAUGAGUUCCGUGCUUCGUAUGCGGCGUUCAUAGCGAACGAACACAACCACGCGAACCCCAACAACAUCCGCUUCCUCCCUCUGCUUUUCGUAGUGUUAGCAAUAUCUGUGCGGUUGGCGCCUGAACGUAUCGGAGGGUCGGAGCAAACCAAGAAGACAGCGGGUUCCCGCUAUUACUGGUGUUCCCGGCGCGCACUUCUCAUCAUAGCUGCUAUCCAGCCCGACUGCUUUGAGGUGGUGUUGAUCAGGAUGCUUAGCGCCCGCUUCCUCGUCCUAGACCGUCGCAUGACAGAAUCUUGGAGUCAAUUGGGGGCCGCUGUCAGAACAGCGCAAGCCAUAGGUUUGCACCGUGAUGGCGCCGACAUGGGCAUGGAUUCGUUGCAAGUAGAGAGAAGACGCCGCAUAUGGUCAAAUCUGUAUCACGCAGAUCGGUCGAUCGCGUUGGUGCUAGGCAGGCCGAUCGCAAUUCAUGACAGCUACACAUCAACGCGCCCACCAGUGAAUACAGACGAAAUGACGGCAGACGGUCGUUUCAAGACGACGCCCCUCACCCAACCUACCCGUACGGCGUUCUUAAUCUUCCGACAUCAGCUUGCUGGGAUCAUGGGCCGCAUGUCCGACUUCUUCCAAAACGUGAACUCUCCGCGGCACUACGCCGAUGUCAUUACCUUGGACGACGAGCUGCUCAAAUACAAGCAAAACCUCCCACCUUUCUUCUCCCUCGACCCCGACACCUCAUACGACCACUCUCAUCCCUACAUCCCUUUGCAGCGGUUCCUCCUCGUCACUGAGUUCCUCUUCGUCCGGAUAUCGCUUCACCGUCCAUACCUCCUACGGAAGUUGGACGGUAACAAGUAUGCGCGCUCCAGAAGCGCCUGCUUCGAAUCCGCUCUCAAGGAUUUCGAGAUUCGGCAAGAGUACUUUGCGACGAUCUCUCGUACCGGCCGCGACCCCGUCGCUAGCGCCUAUCGUGAGUUCCAGGCAGCCAUGAUCGCCGGCAUCUACUUGGUGCUCUAUCCGAAAGGCAAGGACGCCGACCAGAUGCACGCCGUCUUGGAUAAUUUCCUGGAGCGCCACGAACGCAUACCGGAGAUGGACGACAUCACGCGGAGGGAGAUGAAGAUCAUCGAGUUCCUGAAGAGCAGGUCGUCUCAACCCGGCGCUUCACCCGAAAGUGCCCCGGAGCACAGACCUUCCCCCGACAUGCGCUUAUACCAGGCCAACGCGCCCGCACUCGCCCACCUACGUGCAGUCGCGCCGAAGCCCCCUCAUCACCAUGCGCUCUCCGCCUUCUCUCCCUCCUUCGCCUCCGUCCCGUCUACACCAAUGUCAAGCGCUGCCCACCACGGGUACGCCUCUUUGGCCGGGCCCUCGACUGUGCAGCAAGUCCAGCACCUGCAGCAGUCCGAGAACGCGUCGCACUCGGGCACGGGCAGCCCCGGGGGCGACGAAGACUCGACCGCACAGUCGCUGCUCGACCAGUGGUGCAAUAUCUUCAGCGGCGGCCCCGCAGUGGACGACGCGCCGUCGGGCACGGGGCUCCCGUGGGCGACGCCAGGCCUGGGGGAUCUACCGGGGUGGACGGGUGCGGGCCAUCCGGCGGUGACGUCGCCGCUCGUGGGCAGCGACGCGCUGCCGAACGUGGACGGGUCGGACUGGAGCUACUGGGAGACGUUGGUGAACCAGAUCAGGAGUGGGGCCGUGUCGUAG